CGCCCAUAGUAAUUAUGUGGUCUAUUUACAUAAUGAUUAUGACUGACCCGUGUUAUUAUCUUUUGUUGCGCAAGUCUCUGUGGGUUGGCAAGACGCUUUGAAGUCAGCACGGCCACCAGUCGCCACCAAGGCGAGCUGGACAUACGAGCUUUCUGUGAAGAUAUCUUUUGAUCGUUUCCCUAAAUCCAAGGAUUUUGCCAGAACUCAAAUCUUGCAUUACUAGGACGCAAGGCUGCUUGAAGUUAGAAAGGUAUUUUGCGCCGGUCUUUGGAAUCAAGCGAAGGCGGGUCCGGUUUCCCGGCACGGUGCAGACUAUCGCGGGGACAAUGCCGCGGACGUAAACAGCACACGAGUUCGGGACAGAUCAGCGGGUCGGCGGACAAAGCUCGGCCCAGUUUGAUGUCGGCCUGGGACCGCGGAGACAAAGGACGUUAGGCGAUUCGUGUCAACAGUUUGCUACUACUCCCCAAGUUUGGUACACAUUCGGGGAGGAACAUGGCGUAAACAUGGUGGGAAUGAGGGUUGCUACGGAGCCUAUGCUGCCUUGGUGUAGGCAUUAGCCUAAGGGGGCAUUCAUGCGGCUGGCCUGUCCCUCACAUGGACAUGUUGACACUUGUGGUAAGUGCGAGAGUAUCUAUGUACUUUGCGUCGCUCUAGGGCGACUGACCGUUGUGUUAAUAGUUUGCUGAUCGGUGAUUCAGUAGGAUUUAAACACCUUGCGGCGACCGACUCAGGGGCAAGUGAGCAUAGCACGGUUGUAAUGUAAACAGGUGGGCGCUAGGUGGGUACGUCUGCAGCGAUAUGUGUGUGUGUGGUUUAUGUAAUUUUACCACGCCUGCCACUUAAGAUAUGCCUGCCGAAAUCAGUGAUGCGAACAGGUGGUAAACUGGUGCUUAGGUAGUCAACGUCCAAAUCAGGUCACCGUUUCAUGUGACUGUAUCACGUUUUGGAGAAGAUGGCUCUUUUAGACAAGACGGGGUCUUCUCUCUUUGUCUGUGAGUGAAAUUCGUUAAGACCCUUCUUCGAUGUUUAUUUGCGUCUUCGCGACUGGCCGAUUGUUCUGCACACAAGCUACACAGAUUUGAUGGACAGGUAAUUAACUACUCUCUCUCUCUGUAUCUCUCUCACCUAGCUACGUAUACAACCAAGAUGUCGACUCGAUAAUUUACUGGACAGCACGGAUUGUUAGACGCUGCAGACGCUGAGGUUAUAUACGACCAUGGCUGCAGGAUCUGUCGAUGAAAGUCCUCCGGUCGUCACCAAACCGCCCCGGGACAUCUGCGAAAGCGAACUCCUUCGGUACUCCGACAAUGACUGCUGUUUCUGUACGAAGGGUUGUCAGAGAGACAAAGUGUUGUCGGGUUGGAGUAGACCCAGUAGUCGCACCAACGAAAUCGAACUGGAGAAGAAGGGAAGAAGGUGCACUGAUAACAAAAAACGUGUGAGACAGCAGAGAAGGAAUUCUAACGAGCCGCGGGAGGACGACUUCGCGUUCAGACAUUACUACGACACGAGACGGUACAUAGAGGAGUACAGGUACUACCAUACACGGGAAAAUGUGGGGAAGGAACAGAAGAGCGUGGUGUUCGGAGUGCACGUGGAGGAUCCGUACUUCCCGAAACUCAGGACCAGCGUCAGCCAAUUGUUCUUCGAUUUUAGCGAAUUGACGUCGUGGUUGCCAAGUUACCGCAGGGCUAGUAUCGUAGACAGAGGAGAGAGCUGUGUGGACGACUCUACAGACGACGAGACGGUGCGGCUCCCCAUCUCACCCGGCGACAAGAAGAGCCCGGACAUCAACCUGGCCCCCGUGCGGGCCGACCUCAACCUGCCACGCAUCCUGCCCUGCAAGACCGGCCAGUCCGACGACGAGGAGAACUCCAGCAACAAAUCAAACAGGAGAACGAACAGGAAGGCUAAGGAAACGACGUACCACCAGAACCUACCGAGGUUAGGGAGCCUCCCCAUCCCGGUAUGUGUCACACACAGGCGCAGCGGUAAGGCGAAAGCCGCAGAAGGCGCACUUCGGGGCAAUCUGACGCUAACAAGCACAGUACCAGUAGUGGUGACGCCGUGUCUUCAGUGAACAGCUACAAAAGCGGAAAUUCGUCAAAUUCUGUGGGACAAUCUUCCCACUUGUCAGUAGGAAAUAACUGGCUCCCCGAUGGAAAUCCCACCGUGGUUCACGGCAAUUCCGCGCUUGAGCUAGAUAUGGCCUCCAAGGACCCAGAAACUGCCUCGACUUACAGUCAAAGAGAGAGGGCGUCUUGGGAAAAGAGAUCUUCUUUGGAACAUCGUCAGAGACCGAUAGAAAGAUCGAAGACAUUCACGGAUGCGUCCCUUUACACAAAGGGCACCAUCAAGAUAAGUUAUAGGGAGGAGCCUUCCUAUAAAGUGUGGAAAGACUUCACAGAAUCCACGGCUUACCGAGACUAUCUUGCCAAACUUUACAACCUGAACUCUAACAGAAUGAAACUGAAGACUGCCGGAGAAGCGACGGACGUGAAGAAACAAUUCCGGCUGUGUUCGGAGAACAAUAAGCCCAAGACGAGAGCGGACAGAAGAAUCUGCUGCGCUCGCUGUGAGGAGAAGAAGAACAGUCCCGACCAGGGCAUGGCGAAACCGAGGGUUAGACCGAGGGUGCAGCUGGUCCUACAGUCUGGCUCUAAGAGUGACAUCACCUCCAUGCCUCCCCUGGUGAGACUGAACACCAUGGUGCGGGGUUAUCCUUACAGAACUGCCGAGCAGCAUAAACAUUACAUGUCACAACUCACCGCGACACAACAGAAAAGCACCUGAGCUACAGAAAAUAACACAACAAUGGGUAACUAAAAACAAGAGUUUUUUUAGACAUGGGCACAAGACUACAAGUGCUUAAAGUAAUUUAUGGAUAUGAGUAGUAUGGGAAGAACCAGCCUUUCUGUUCAAACGGCAACCUACAUUGAUAAAACAGACUGAAACAUUAUUUUGGCCUUCUGUAAACUAAUAGGUUUUGCUCAGGUAUGUACGUCCUCUGGCGAAAAUUACCUGAAUUGCAAACGACCUGGUUGUCGAGGGCUGCAGCGGCCUUCGUUUCCCACAGUAUUGAAUGAAGAUAACAAUAAACAGGGUAGUCAAGUAUGCAAAGCAAUGUGUACGUAAAAGCAAUGUGUACAUUUGGCAGCACAACAUGUACACAUUGUACGUCCUUUGCCAGUGACACUAUGACAAAGGAAUAAGAGAAAACACGA